AUGGGUUGUAUGCAGCUGAACCCGGGCCCUCACAAACUCACUAAGCCGGAAGACGUCCCUACCUUGGUUGCUAAGCCGGAAGACGUCCCUACCUUGGUUGCUAAGCCGGAAGACGUCCCUACCUUGGUUGCUAAGCCGGAAGACGUCCCUACCUUGGUUGCUAAGCCGGAAGACGUCCCUACCUUGGUUGCUAAGCCGGAAGACGUCCCUACCUUGGUUGCUAAGCCGGAAGACGUCCCUACCUUGGUUGCUAAGCCGGAAGACGUCCCUACCUUGGUUGCUAAGCCGGAAGAUGUCCCUACCUUGGUUGCUAAGCCGGAAGACGUCCCUACCUUGGUUGCUAAGCCGGAAGAUGUCCCUACCUUGGUUGCUAAGCCGGAAGAUGUCCCUACCUUGGUUGCUAAACCGGAAGAUGUCCCUACCUUGGUUGCUAAGCCGGAAGAUGUCCCUACCUUGGUUGCUAAGCCGGAAGAUGUCCCUACCUUGGUUGCUAAGCCGGAAGAUGUCCCUACCUUGGUCGCUAAGCCGGAAGAUGUCCCUACCUUGGUUGCUAAGUCGGAAGAUGUCCCUACCUUGGUUGCUAAGCCGGAAGAUGUCCCUACCUUGUUCGCUAAGCCGGAAGAUGUCCCUACCUUGGUUGCUAAGCCGGAAGAUGUCCCUACCUUGGUUGCUAAGCCGGAAGAUGUCCCUACCUUGGUUGCUAAGCCGGAAGAUGUUCCUACCUUGGUUGCUAAGCCGGAAGAUGUUCCUACCUUGGUUGCUAAGCCGGAAGAUGUUCCUACCUUGGUUGCUAAGCCGGAAGAUGUUCCUACCUUGGUUGCUAAGCCGGAAGAUGUCCCUACCUUGGUUGCUAAGCCGGAAGAUGUUCCUACCUUGGUUGCUAAGCCGGAAGAUGUUCCUACCUUGGUUGCUAAGCCGGAAGAUGUCCCUACCUUGGUUGCUAAGCCGGAAGAUGUCCCUACCUUGGUUGCUAAGCCGGAAGAUGUUCCUACCUUGGUUGCUAAGCCGGAAGAUGUUCCUACCUUGGUCACUAAACCAAGGUCACUUUAA